AUGCUAUCUGAAUCUUCACAAGAAUUUGACUCCCGGCAAAAAAAUGGUGCUUCUCAAUCAGCCCCUAAUGGAGACUUACAACAACAGUUCCUUCGAAGCAAGAAACGAGCUGAUAAUUAUUCCAGAAAAGAUAAAGAGAGGCUGAUUAAGUUAGUUACUAGCAGGUUGGACGUACUGGAAAAUAAGGUUUCAAACACUUGUGUCAAUUUGCAAAAGGCCCAGUGUUGGGUCGAAAUAGCGAACGAAUAUAAUAAAGGUACGGCGUCAAGUGAUUAUUGGAGAGACGAUCGUCAACUGAAAGAUCUGUGGAAAAGAAUGAAAUUCACAGCUAGAUCUGAUCUGAUCAGAUAUGCACGACAAAAAGAAAGAAAGGAUUCUGCAAAAAAUAAUGACGAUGGCGGAGGUCCUGCUUCUUCACUUGCCCACGAAAUUCUUGAUGAUUUCACACUGAUUCUCCUCCGUUUAGUUCCCGCUCAUUUUCAAAUGGAUACCGACGGGAAGGUGCUACAGGUAAUAGAUGAACUAUUAGCUCUGUCCCCCGCGGAAGUCGAAGAACAGAAAGUUUUGUCUCGAAACCGGCGGCAGCAGAGACGACAACAAAUGACAGGGCAUUAUGGUAAUCAGGAUGAUGAUGACGACGACGACGAUGAUGAUGCAGUUGUUUUGAUCGAGGUAAACAACAGACUUGACAACAGUCCUGACAACGACCCUGUGGUGAUUUUAGAAUCUUGUCUUCCUCCUCCUCCUCCACAAUGUUCCAACAACCCUAAUACAACGUCGGCUACUGGUACACCUGUAACAAACAGUAAUGAACGUUUAGAUAAUAACUCCCAAGAAACGAACUUUUACACAGAAGCAGUCGUAACCCCCCAAUUGUCUACGUCAGUAGCUGGAAAUAUUUCACAUCGGACUCAGGUGAUAGAUGUCCACACAGGUGUUGAAAAUGGUCAGCUCCAGCGACAACACCAAACUUCACAGCCACUGCUGCCUCCCCUAACUUCGGCAUCCACAACUUCAUUACAACAACAACCACAAAUAGAACAACAACAAAUUCUUCAUGAGGAACCAAUAUUUACUUUUAAAUCUGAAGAGGACACAGUUAUCAAUGAUGCUUCAAGACAAAAUUGGUAUAUUGAACAAAUUGCAUCUCGAAAUCAAUUUGAUGAUGUUGUCAACGAUACCACUUCAGCUAUUCCAGAAAAGGAUUACCAGUAUCGGCGAAAACGAAAGAACCCAUUCUACCGGACUCUCCUCGAAGAUGAUCAGAAUGAAGAGAUGCGGCAACAGCUGAUAGAGAUGGCCCGCAAGGAGAACGAAAAAGAAAUGCAACUUCUUGACAUCCAGACACAAUGUGAAAAACAACGACUGGUGCGAGAAAAGAUGGAAACAGAAAAUGCUGUGCUUAAACAACGGCUUCUGCUGCAACUGCUACAGUCACAGAUAAAUAAAGACCAGGGCCUUCCGUCCAUCAGCCUUCUCCUCUAA